GUUUCAGGUCGUUUCGUAAAACAGUAAAAAGUUUAAUGUUUUUGCAAAAACUAGGAGUGUUGGCUUGUUUAUGUACAGAAAAAUUGCGUUUUUCGUGCUAAAUCGUGUAGAUAGUAGUUCUAUGAUGAUGGAGACAAAUGUUUAGGCGGUGAGCUAGGAAAUUCCCAAUAAAUUCCAGCGAUACGAUGGAGUUCAAGUACGCCAGCUGGAUACUGCUGAGUGUGGGUGUUUUCAUCAACAUUUUCGGCUUGUUUUGGUUCAUUGUCGCCGUGCUCGGUCUGGUCAGCUUCCUGGUUGGCUUUCUGACUGUCCUCUAUCUCCAACAUGGCAAUCUGGACAAAUUUCUCGAUAGCGGAUUGCUUGAAAAUCCACUGGAUGAACCGAAAACGCUUGGACUGAGUAUUGUUUGUGAACAGAAGCCCAGUAAUAUGUUACUAAUUUCACCCAACAUAAAAGUUCAAACCGAAUCAUCUCGAAAGUCAAAACUAAACUCUGUCAAUUCUGAGCAGGGCAAACGACGAAACCUGCUAGAUGCGGGGAUUGAAUUGCUAUUUAAGAAACGAACCUGCGAUAACACCGGCAUUGCUUCCGGAGUAUCCGGAAAUAGCGGUGCUGGUGACAGUAGUGUAGGUGACGGUAGUAGUAUAACUAAACCAUUCCAGUCUGGCUUGAUCACCGACCAUCUCAUGCACAAGGGUCAUCUGCAUUUCCACCCAAAAGAACAAACCAUUCUAGAUAACACAAGAAAACCACCGGCCACCACUAAGAGCUUGAGACAGUUUGGAAAACAACCGUCUCCGACAGUGGAGGACAAAACAGUAUCGACUCGGUGGAGACCGUUCGAAGGCAUAAAAAUUCACACCGAUAAAGGAAGAACGAUUCAAUUGGACCAGCAGAUAGCGAGUCAGGAUGGAUCAGCCAGUCGGCAACAUCGGAGAAAGGAAGUCGGUGCUAUCCAGAUAGGCGAAGAAGUGACGCCCGGAUCAUCUUCCCCAUCACCCCUAGCGUCAUUCAAAUCGUACAUAACUCAUCCCGACACCCUUCUGCACCGGGACUCACCACCAGGUUCACCGAAAAAGAAGAAAAUUCUCAGCGGCAACAAAGCCGUCGAUAAGCUUAUUCACACCAUCGUAGAUUACGUUAUAAGAGAUUUCAUCGAUUCGUGGUACACUGUCGUUUCGGACAGCCACGAAUUCAGCGAUACCAACAUUCGCACCAGCGUCGAAACGCUAAUCCUAAAGGUGUGUCAGCGUAUCAAAACCGCCGAGCUGCUUCCACUGAUGACCACUAAGCUGAUAGAUGACUUGGCUCGGCACACACGCUUCUAUCGAUUAGCUACUCAGGACGUGAGUAACAGUUCCAAACAACCCAACGCAAACGACCAGAAGCGAUUGAAAAUCCACGAGAAACUAUCACCUCAGAAGAAAAACCAUCGAGGUAACGGCCACCGGAGAAAUAAAAGUGAAACAGAUCUAACGUGGCAUUUGGGAAAUGCGGCUCUGCAGAAAAAUGUGGCCAAUUCGAAGUUCUACGCAGUACAAGCGGAUGAACAGUCGCUUGUAGAUCCCGAAAUUAUGCUGUUGAAUUCGUUCUUCGGAUUCUGCGACGACUACAAAAAAGAGUGCAUGGAUGAGGAUGCAAUGCUAGAAUAUUUCAUUCGCAUCUCCGAAACAGUAUUAUAUUUCACCCUUCCUGCCGAAGAUUUCAACUGCCUAACGUUGCGAACGCUGCUCUGCAACAUUCUGGCUAAUAGUAUCCUAAAAACGGUAAUAGGGACACUAGCGGAUCCGGACUUUAUUAACCUGCAAAUUGCGAAGCACUUUACGAAAGAGCUACCGAGUGGGGAGUUUCUUCUGAAGAUGAUACGACAGUCGAAUGACUUGUCGGAAUUACGUGCCUGUCGGCAGCUGAUCACCAAAGAAAUGGAUGCCAAACAUAAAGACUCCAGUUUCACUGCAGAGCUGGCCAGUUUAAAAUAUACGCAAAAGUUGAUCGAUUUGAGAAUUAGUCAUCUGCAGAACAAUAAGAACGAUUUGGGCAGAAGUGAAAAGGAUUCGGUUUCCAAUUUGCCACUGCUUAGUCUGGAUGACAUUCUGCGGAAGGAGUUGGCCGUUUCGUUCUAUCUGGAUUAUCUUAGUGUGCUGAAUUUGCAGAAAUAUGUUAUCUUUUAUUUAACUGCUCAAGAGUGGAAGCUAACAACGAGUCAAAGUUUCUCCGAAAUGCAGGUUAAUAAAUCCAAACUUAGUCGGGAGGAUAUUAUGCGCAUCAUACGAGACAAGGCGAAUAAUCUAUAUCAAGAGUACCUAGUGCCCAAAUCGCCAAACUAUUUGAACAUAGAUCCAGGCCUAAUCGAAGCACUCAGCAUACGUAUCCGCGACACAUCGUUACAACCGGAGAACACCUGGUUCGAUUCGAUCUGCAAGUUCGUGUAUGAAAAGCAGAAAAACGAGGAAGUCUUUCUGAACAACUUCUACCAAAGUUCGGCCUACAAACUGUUGCUAAGGGAAUUGGAUUUCAGCAACGCCCAGGAUCACGAUCUGCAAACGCUGGAUCAUUUAGGUGUAGCCGGUCUGAUGCUGGACAGCCUGAGCGAUACCAACUCCGGAGAUUUACGGUUCGACGAGACGGAUGAUGAUGAAGCGGCUGCGGGGACACCGAGUGGAUAUUUUUACAGUGAUAUCAAAGAGGAGCAUGAUGUUAAAGUAAGUACGAUGCAAGGUCCCAAUAAAAAGAUGCCAGCUACUGAAUCAAGCUUACUACCAGCGGUAGUAAACGUGAAACAUGCCAGGUCGCAUAGUGACUGUACCGGAAUGUUCACCACCAUAAACGAUAUUAAUAUUGAUCAGUUGAAAGGUUCGGACUGUUCAAGUACUGACUCAGGCAAUGAGUUGUCAGUACCGGUUGGGCAAGUAGAUCCAAUGAUGGAGAACCAUCAUGUGAAGCCUCCAGUGGAGAUACAAGUGGAGCAGAAGGUAGAAGAAUCAUUCGCUUUUAAGCAAAAGCUGUCCGCCAAAAUUAUCAAUACGGCUAUUCAUUGCGAAGGUCACUACGCCGUAUAUGCAAUUCAAGUUUGCGUCAUUGAGGACAAUCAGCAAAAAAGCUGGCACAUCUAUCGGCGGUAUUCGAAAUUCUUAGAAUUGAAAAAGUUCCUGGUGAAACGAUUUCCAUUUCUGUCCAAAGUACCAUUUCCAGCGAAGAAAGCCUUCCAGAACACACAGCGGGCAGUACUAGAACACCGGAUGGAAGUAUUAAAUAUGUUUCUGCAUGAAAUAUGUGCCAAAGCAGAACAAAACGAUGAUAUGCGUUCGUUUGUGAGAAACUUUCUGGAACCUGACACUGACGAUCGGAAGAUGCACGGUGGAGCUGUCGUGAAAACUAUCGAAAGCUUUAAGUCCGGCAUGAGCAAGAUUCGGAAUAUGCCGGACACGCUGGUCGGUGGCAUCUCGCGUAUAUUCCACGGUAAAGGACCACUCAAGGAGCGUACCUUCUACAAUAUCCAAGACCUGCCAACACUAGAAUCCAAACAGUCCGAAUACCCCGCUCUAACAUCAACGUUGAACCUGCUUGACGAAGUCUUCGACCUCCAGAACAAAUCCCAGUGGCUACGAAGAGGCUUGAUUAAUCGGUUGCUAGGCGCUCCCUGGGUUAGUCACACGACCAAUAAGAAAAUUGUACAACUCGCCAGCUCGAUGCUGGCGACGGACAAGGUGGAAGCAGUUCUAUCGUCAAUUUUAAACAACGCUUGGCCGGACGGUGAUAGUUUCAGCCCGAAUCCACCACUCCGUGAGGACAGUACCAAACUGAGAACUAAGCUGGCAGCCAAAAUAGCCCUCUUCGCGCUCCUUUCCGAUGACUUAAAGCACGUAGUUGGAUCGGUAACCUGUAACACCGGACUGCUAAACUUUUUUCAGAUGCUACAGAACAAAAAACUAAACACACGUCUUCUGCUAAUUCUCAUGGACCGUUUGCUGCGGAUGAUGUUUCAAACGGACGACAUGACAAAACAUGCCGCCGUUGUCAGUCGUGAUGAGGGUGGAGGAACGAUACGCAUAGUAACACCGUCCGGGUCGGCAGCGGGCUCGAGAAAAUCCUCCAGACACUAUUACUAAAUUGAAUGACUGGUAGGUAGUUGUGAACAAUCGUUUGGAUGGUGCCGCAGCAAUAAGCUGUCGUGAACAGAACAAAAUGUGACGAAACAUUCGAACAAAGUAUCCCUUAGGGAGACAAAAAAAAAACUAGGAAAUUGAAACGUUACGUAGUAGAAGCGAACGUGGAUGAUAUUCAUUUUUAGUAUAGCUGUUUAUUUUAAUUCCAGUUUUUUUCUCGGAACAUUUGCAUUUUUGUGCAAUUGGCUAGAACAAUUUUAAGAAGCAUUGUGAACGUAUAAUUAUUAGGAAGGUUUAUUUUUGUUGUUCCCAUUUUAGGGACUUUUUGUUGAAGGAAAUUUUUGUUAGAAUUACUUAUUCUUUGAGUACAAGACUUGUCCAAAUAAAAAACAA